AUGAGUUGUGUCUACAACGUAAACAACCCUGACCCCCGCAGAGCGCCAGACUUGGCCCCACGACCCACAUUUGGCCUAUGGGACGCAAUAUUCUUCCUUGACCAGCAUGGUACGUCUUUGAGCCAAGCUGAUGAGGUUAUCUUUGGUCACUGGGAUGACUAUGCCGAUCAGACCGUCAAUAUCUUACACCAGAUGAUCAAACAGACAGAGGGACUGGUAUUCUCGGAUGAUGAGUACACAGAUCUCGUGCGGACUUUUCAAGCUUUCCCACACCGACCCAAUCUAUCGAAUGUGCUCAGAGACAACAUGUAUGACGAGCACGAGUGUAUCGUAAAAAUGCUGGCCGACCUGGCUCAGACACCCGUUCAGAAGGUCUGGCACAUGUGGGCUACCAGAGUCGAGGAAGUUCAUCAAGGUCUGGCCGAGAAAAUGAACCGCUGCAAGCUACAGCUUGCUCAGCAGGGUGAGGGCGACUUUGGCCUGGCGAAUCUGUCCCUGUCCUCCAAUCUGCCAAAAGCAGAGAGUUUGACUGGUCUGUUGCAUAAGAUGCUGGACUCGGCCAGCGAACCCGAUAACGCGCAGGAUAACCCCGCAACUGGUUUGGAAGCUCACAUGCAGCAAAUGGGCUUCUAA